AUGCGUCCCGAUAUUUGGUCCUCAGGGACAGGGCUUGCUAUCAGCCUCCUGGCUGUAGGUGUCCCUGCACGAGGAUUUGACAGUCAACUUCGGCCAUGUCCUCAGCACUGUGCUGGCCCUCCUUCAAAUUGGACCGUAUAUACGUCCACAGAUCGCCUUCGCGUCUGCGAGCAGCCCAUCUUGUUCGACUUUGCUAUCCAUACCCCAAUCAAUGGUCAGAAUAGGCACACAAAGUUGCGGGCCUGCACAGCAGGAGAUGCCAACGAUGUCCGGAACGCACUCACCACAAACCGGUCCACUAACUAUCCGCGUGACGGCAGCUGUUGCAUCGCCUCCGCAAGGCAAAAGACUGUGACUCUCGACGUCAAGACGAGCGGUCGUGGCCAAGCAUCAUCUCAAGAUACCAGUUCGGCGCUGGGAAAAGUGCGAAGCUAUCUGCAAGAUUUUUGCGACGAAACUUUCAUUGUUGGCUACUCGAAAGAGGCUGUGGUGGCCGUCUACUCUGGAUCAGCAAUCGACAACAAGGCCACGAUUUCUCCAAUUUUGGACCGUCUCCCGCCUUUAAUUGGCUACUCAAAGACGGCUAUUGUCCAACUCUGCGGCCAGGGGCGAAAUGCGGAUCACACCUUUGGCAUCGCCGUGGAUACAACGGGCGAUGUGGCUGCUGUACAAAAGGCCGUAGUGUCUUGGAGCAAUGCGACAUGUUUCGACCUCAAUGGCGAUAACGUUUUGACCCGCGGCCUCGACAGGGCGGUCAUUGCCGAAGCGCCUUUUCAAGAGGCUUUCCGGUUUGCCGUCAGUGAAGGAGAGUGCAGAACUAUCUCCGUCGUGUCAGGGGACUCCUGUGGUGCACUGGCACAGCGCUGCGGCAUCUCAGCGAACGACUUCACGAAAUACAACCCAGAUCCCAAUCUUUGUUCGACCCUUGCCGUAGGCCAACGAGUCUGCUGCUCUCCUGGAACACUGCCAGAUAUCCGCCCGAAACCCGGACAGGAUGGUUUCUGUGCUAGUUAUACCGUUAAAUCUGGCGACACAUGUUCCGCUAUUGCUGCCAGUAACGGCCUUAAGGUGGAGGACCUAGGGAAAUUUAACGACAAAACAACCUGGGGUUGGUUUGGUUGCAAUGCCCUCCUGGCUGGCACUCGCAUCUGUCUCUCCUUAGGCUAUCCACCAAUGCCCGCCCCUGUGCCCAAUGCGGUUUGCGGACCAAUAAAGCCCGGUACCAAGGCCGACCCCAAAAGAAAACUGGCGGAUCUAAAUCCCUGUGUUCUCAACUCGUGUUGCGACAUAUGGGGCCAGUGUGGCAUAACGCCAGACUUCUGCACGGCCGAGGAGGGGCCAACAGGCAAUCCUGGUACGGCACCACCGGGUCACAACGGCUGCAUAUCAAACUGCGGGACUAAUAUCAAAACUGGUGACGCCGGGCCCAGCAGCUUCAUCAACAUAGGGUAUUAUGAGUCCUGGAACUUCGACCGUUCGUGCCUUAACAUGCGUGUAAAGUCAAUUGAAGAUACGUUCACUCAUUUACACUGGGGAUUCGGUCUCAUCAGUCCAUCCUUCGAUAUAAGUGUUAACGAUAUCUACAAGCAAUGGGGGGCAUUUACCUCACUGUAUGAUAUUAAAAAGAUUGUGUCAUUUGGCGGAUGGGGCUAUUCGACGGAACCAGCAACGUAUGAGAUAUUGCGCAAAGCGAUGAAUCCAGAAAACGUGGAUACUUUCACAGAUAACGUUAUCAAAUUUAUCAAAGACAACAACUUAGACGGCGUGGACUUUGACUGGGAAUAUCCAGGUGCGCCAGAUAUCCCUGGGAUCCCACCAGGUUUGGAAACCGAUGGACCAAACUACCUUGCCAUGCUGAGAAAAGUCAGGGGGAAAUUGCCCCAGGGCAAGACUCUUUCCAUCGCUGCGCCAGCAUCAUUCUGGUAUCUUCGGCCGUUCCCAAUCGAUGAAAUGGCAAAGGAGCUAGACUAUAUCGUCUACAUGACAUACGAUCUCCACGGCCAGUGGGAUGCUGGCAACCAAUGGAGCCAGGAAGGCUGUCCCGGCGGCAACUGCUUGCGUAGCCAUGUUAACCUGACAGAAACGAAUUAUGCUCUCGCCAUGAUCACAAAAGCCGGUGUGCCAGCUAACAAAGUCGUUGUGGGUAUAGCCAGCUACGGUCGCUCAUUUGGAAUGCUCGAGGAAGGCUGCACCAGCCCUGACUGUAGAUUUGGUGGUGAUCGCCUCCAUUCAACUGCUAAAGAAGGUCGGUGCACCCGCACUGCGGGAUACAUCUCCAACGCGGAGAUCAAUGAGAUCCUCAUUACGAACGACAACGCAAAGACCUGGUAUGAUAGGGGAAGCGCUUCGAAUAUCAUCACGUAUAACGGUAAGGAGUGGGCUGCCUUUAUGAACGCCGACGUUAAAAGGGUCCGCGCUGGAUACUAUAAGAGGUUCAACUUCGCAGGUGUCGUAGACUGGGCAGUUGACCUAGAUCAUUUCACGGACGAUGACGGUUCUCCAGAGGGUGAGGAAUAUUUCCCUCCCGCUCCUUCAAUCGCCAAAUGCGACGCUGGCUAUGCAACACUGGAAGAUCUUGAUGCUGCGGCAGGCGAUAUUCCGCAGCACUGCAAAGCCUAUUAUACCGCCAGAGCAUUGUCAAACCUUCUCGAGGCGGCAGUCAAAAACUAUACCAUGAUACUAAACAACGGGUACGCAGGGAAGUUCAAGACGUACUCAAAGGCUGUCGCGGGCAGUGCAUCCAACAGCGUACAUGACUUCGUGUACAAAAACGGCGAUAAGUACUUUUCGUGCAUUGUCUCCGAAACUUCAGAGUGCUGUAAGGUGUGUAUGCAGCAUCAAAAAAGGCCCGGAUAUUGUAACUAUUGCCACAACGGCGAAUGUUACAUACAAUGCGACACGGAGCUCGGUUGCCCGCCUAACAGUUUCCAAUCGAUCUACAACUCGAGUUCUGUACCGCCCGGCAUGCUGUACCCGAUUGAGACCCCUGUCGUAGUAACUCAGAACGUGUCUGAGCCAUGUCCGCCAGAUUACUCAAAGCGCGGCGAGGGACCAGACAAUCCUUAUCAACAGGCGGUCUACUGGACUCUAGAGAACAGCAAGGCGGACAAAUUUUACGCGGACCUCUUCACCAGCACGGGAAUCCCCAAGGAGAAGACAAAAAUUGGCAAUUUUAACCGUGGACAAAACUGCGCACCAAGCGCGGAACCUGAAGACGUCUGCCACGCCUUCGACAUGGACUAUGGCAUCCCCGUACCAAAUGGCUACGGCGAAGCCGACGUGCUCGACCCUCAGAAAACGGUGGCCGAGGCGCUUGAAAACUCGAAAGACCUUAUGGCUCAGGUGAGAGAUGCGGUUUAUCAGCUGAAGCUCAUGAGCUAUAACGGCGACUCCUCUGAGCUGGUAGACAGUAUUUCAGUCCCGAUACUUAUGAUAGCGAGCGGAGUGGAGAGUAUGGCGCAGGUCGAGGAGGUGGCGGAGAAGAUUGACGAAGCCAAACGCAAGGCCCUCAUCCUGGGAUUCCUAGGCGCUAUCCUGUUUUUUGUGCCCAUCGCAGGUCAAGUACUCGGCGCGGUAACAGAGCUAUCCAGCGUUGCAGCAAUCCUGACAAUCCUAGGAACUGCCGGGGAAGUAGCGCUUGAUAUAUACAGCAUCGUCGAUGAUCCCGAUAAUGCACCACUUGCGAUUUUCGGCUUGAUAUUAACACCGUUGGGGCUGAAUGACCUGGCCGCGAUCAGCAAGGCAGCUGCAAUCAGGCGCGGGUUGACUGAUGCGGACGUGGCCAAACUAGGAAAAAUGGUGUCCAGAAACUUGGGAACCAUCAAGAAAGUGAUGCAGACUUGCCGCAAGGCAUAA